AUGUCGCGUCCAGACGGUAAUAUGAACUUGAAUGAUGUUUGGAUGAAAUUAUCAGAAGGUAUUGAACGUAUAUAUCGAAUUCAAGAAAUGUCACCUAAAGCAUAUAUGGACCUUUAUAGUGACGUUUACAAUUAUUGUACAAGUACUGCAUCACAUACACAGCUAUCAAAACAACCAUCAAAAUCAACACAAAAACUGGGCAGUAAUCAACGACAAAAUAAUGUACAUGAUGGAGCAAAUAUUGUUGGUGGUGAAUUAUAUGCUAAAUUGAAAAAUUAUUUAAAAGAUUAUUUGGAAAAAAUUUGUGAAAAAGGACUUGAUUUACAAGGAGAAAGUGUACUUCGUUUCUAUACCACAAAUUGGGAACAUUAUCGAUUUUCAAGUAAAGUAACAAACGGUUUUUGUCAUUAUUUAAAUCGACAUUGGGUACGACGAGAAUAUGAUUCCGGAAGAAGAGAUGUUUAUGAAAUUUUUACUAUGGCAAUGGAAAUUUGGCAGUUAGUAUUUUUUCAACCAUUGAAUAGACAAGUCACCUUAGCAUGUCUUCAAUUAAUCAAAGCUGAACGUCAAAAUGAAGUAAUUAAUACUCGAUUGAUUAGUGGAGUUAUACAAAGUUAUGUUGAACUUGGUUUUGCCGAGAACUCAUCUGUACCAAAUAAUCAUCCAAUAACAUCUCCAACAUUGACCAUUUAUAAAGAUUAUUUUGAAAUACCAUUUCUUCAAGAUACUGAACAAUUUUAUCGACUUGAAGCGGCUACUUUUCUUGUUCAUAAUUCUGUUACUGAAUAUUUAAAAAAGGUAGCUCAACGUCUUGAUGAAGAAGUACAUCGUGUACAAUCAUAUUUACAUCCAUCAACAUUAGCAGCAUUAAUUAAAAAAGUUGAAGAAGUACUCAUUCGUGAUCAACUUGAAGCAAUCUAUACUGAAGCUAAAGCACUUUUACAUGCCGAAAAACAUUCAGAUUUGGCACUUCUAUUCAAAUUAGUCAGUCGAGUACCAAAUGCAACUGUUGAAUUGAAAAAAAUUGUUGAAGAUCAUAUUCGUCAAAUGGGCAUUGAUGCUAUCGAACGUGUCAGUGGCAGUGCACUUAAUGAUCCUAAACUUUAUGUUGAAACAAUUCUUGAAAUUCAUACAAAAUUCUUCAAACUUGUACAAGAAGCUUUUAGUAGUGAACAAGGUUUUACAGCUGCCCUUGAUAAAGCUUGUGGUAAAUUUAUUAAUAAUAAUGCUGUAACAACAGCUGCUGGUAAUACAACAAAAUCACCUGAAUUAUUAGCUCGUUAUUGUGACACACUUUUACGAAAAGGAAGUAAAGCUGUAGAAGAAACAGAUCUUGAAGAAAAAUUCAAUCAGAUCAUGGUGGUAUUUAAUUAUGUUGAAGAUAAAGAUGUUUUUCAAAAAUUUUAUGGAAAAAUGUUAGCCAAACGUUUAGUAGGUCAACUAAGUGCGUCUGAUGAUUAUGAAGAAUCAAUGAUUUCAAAAUUAAAACAAGCAUGUGGUUUUGAAUAUACAUCAAAAUUACAACGAAUGUUUCAAGAUAUUGGUGUUAGUAAAAAUUUAAUUGAUCAAUAUCGAACAUAUUGUGAAAAAAAUUCACUUUCUGAUAUUGUUGAUUUUUCUGUCAUGGUUCUUAGUUCAAAUUCAUGGCCAUUUUCUGCGCCACCAAAUUUUGUUUUACCAGUUGAACUUAAAAGAACAUUUGAAAGUUUUACUAAAUUUUAUACUCAACAACAUAAUGGUCGUAAAUUAACAUGGCUUCAUCAACAUUCAAAAGGAGAUUUACAAACAUUAUUUACUAAAUCAAGAUAUAUUUUACAUGUAUCAACAUAUCAAAUGGUAGUUCUACUUCUAUUUAAUAAAUUUUCAAGUUGGACAAUUGAACGAAUGCAAGAUGAAACUCAAAUCAAAGUUGAUUUAUUUUUACAAGUACUUUGUGGUUUAUUGAAAAGUAAAUUAAUAGCAUGUGCAGAAAUUAAUGAUGAUGAAUUUGACGAAGAUUUGAAAGAGACUGAUAUUAAAAUGAAUUAUAAUAUUCAAUUAGCUGAUGAUUUUAAAAGUAAAAAAAUAAAAAUAAAUUUGAAUGUACCAUUAAAAUCAGUCGAACAAAAAGAUAUCGAAGGUUUACAUCGAACAAUUGAUGAAGAUCGAAAAAUGGUUAUUCAAGCUGCAAUUGUUCGAACAAUGAAAGCUCGACAAACUUUAAAACACGCAUUAUUAAUGCAAGAAGUUAUUCAACAAUUAAGUUCACGUUUUAAACCAAAAAUACCUGUGAUUAAAAAAUGUAUUGAUAUCUUAAUUGAAAAAGAAUAUCUUGAACGUCAAUCAAAUGAAAAAGAUGUGUUACGUUAUUUGGCUUAA